AUGCAAGCCUUCCAAGCGGUCGCCGCGGCGGUGUGCCUGCUCGCGCAGUACGCCGCGGCUUUGGCACACAACGCCCAUCACAACAAUCCUUCUUCGGACCUAAGUGCUCACAACGUCGGACACAGAGGCGCUGUAGACACGACACAUCUUCUCGCCACUAGGGAGCCCAACACCAACCAACGUGUGGCCUCGCAUUCCAACUUCAUAGGCCCGAUUUUUGAAUGGCUCUCUGGCGAGCCAGCGACUAAAGUGCGCAAUUUCACCGAGAAUGUGCACUCGUCUGCGGUCGAAUUCACGAACAUCCACAGGAACAAGUCGAUCAAGAAACCCUUCAUCGAAAUCCAGAAGUCGGUGGCAGCCUACUCCGACGACCAGCAGCGUGCUCUAGUCCACUUCACCUUGGCCCAAGACACCAAGGCGCAUUCUGUCCGCGUUGCCAGUGCGAAAUUGACGCUCAAACGCCUGUCGGAUGGUGAUGAGUACGGCGCGGAAUGCCCGAGCAAGAAGAUCAAGAUCACCAGGAUAAACGCUCCGGAGGGCGACGCAGCGAAGGAGCCCAAAACGCUGGGGAAGACCUACACUGCCGAUGUUACAGACAGUGAUGUCACCUGCGAUUUGACGGCCAUGUUCACCGAAGAUGUGGCGCCUGCAGAUUACCACGACUUCUGGCUCAUGCUUGAGAGCGAGCCCAUGUGCUACUUCACCUUCGACGGGAAGUCCGCAAACGCAUACGUGGCUCUUGUCCUCAACAAAUCCAUCACGGAGGUCCAGCAGCACCAGUACUCGAUGAUGACGCCUCUCGCCCUCGUCGGCCUCGUUGGACUCGGCACCACGAUCUACCUCUGCACGAAGAACCAGACCGACUACACUUACUUCCAGGAUCAAGGGGAAUUCAUUGUCGAUGCUUGA